AUAUGUGCGGAUGAAUAUCGGUUGAGAUGUGGUCCCCGACUUUUAGUCGCCAGUAAACAGAAGCCAUACUAUUCAGAGGUACGAACGUAAACAUUUGUAACAAAGAAUGCGCUAGUUGGAUGAAAGGAAUUAUUAUAACUGAAGUAGUGGACGCCACUAAUCAAGAAGAACAAAAUCUGGCAAUAACUUACAGAAUUGUAAGGACACUUCUCAUUUGUUAUAAGUGAGUAAUAAUGGAUGCAGAUGAAGCAGAGUCCUCUGGAUCUGGUGGUCCCAUAUCAUCACUCAACAGCUUAUUUUCAUUCACUAGUCCUGCUGUAAAGAAACUCUUAGGCUGGAAACAAGGUGAUGAGGAGGAGAAGUGGGCAGAAAAAGCUGUUGAUUCUUUGGUCAAGAAGCUUAAGAAGAAAAAGGGUGCCAUUGAAGAGUUGGAGCGAGCAUUGAGUUCACCAGGACAGUCUAGUGAUUGCGUCACUAUACCUCGCAGCCUGGAUGGAAGGUUACAGGUGUCACAUCGGAAGGGCUUGCCACAUGUGAUUUAUUGUCGAGUUUGGAGGUGGCCAGAUCUGCAGUCUCAUCAUGAGCUGAAACCAAUGGAGAACUGUCGCUUUCCAUUCUCUGCAAAGCAGAAGGAAGUAUGCAUCAAUCCAUACCACUACAAGCGUGUUGAGAGUCCAGUGCUGCCCCCCGUGCUGGUGCCUCGCCAUAGUGAAUUUGCACCCGGUCACUCGUUGCUGCCAUUCCAGCAACUGCCUGAGCCUGCAAUGCCACACAAUGUUUCCUAUUCAGCAGGAGGCUUCACAAAUGGAGGUCCUGGUAGCCAUCCUCAUCUCAGUCCGAGUCCAAAUUCACCAUUAAGCAGUGUUCCAAGCCCUGGAAGCACCCACUCCAACCCUCAAAGCCCAUAUGGGAGCAAUGGGCUACCAGAAACUCCUCCCCCUGCAUACAGUCCCCCUGAGGACAGUCAGCAGGGCCAGUCUGCAAGCUUGACAGAUCCAUCAGCGAUGGACACAUCCAGCAGCAUAAUGCCGGAGGUCGCUCCUGUGUCUUACCAGGAACCUCUCUAUUGGGCUGACAUCGCAUACUAUGAGCUCAACUGCAGAGUAGGCGAGGUGUUCCACUGUCAGACAAAUGUCAUCAUAAUAGAUGGCUUUACAAACCCUUGCAACAACUCGGACCGAUUUUGCCUGGGACAGUUGUCCAAUGUAAAUCGCAACUCAACCAUUGAGAAUACGCGCAGGCACAUAGGGAAAGGUGUUCAGCUCUUUUACAUUGGUGGGGAAGUAUAUGCCCAGAACAAAUCAGACAGUGCAAUUUUUGUGCAGUCUCGAAACUGUAACCAUCACCAUGGUUUUCAUCCAAGUACUGUUUGUAAAAUUCCUCCUGGAUGUUCACUCAAGAUCUUCAACAACCAGGAAUUUGCACAACUCCUCUCCCAGAGUGUGAACCAUGGUUUUGAGGCUGUCUACGAACUUACAAAGAUGUGCACCAUACGGAUGUCGUUUGUGAAGGGCUGGGGAGCAGAGUAUCACCGGCAGGAUGUGACUAGCACCCCAUGUUGGGUGGAGAUACACCUGAAUGGACCUCUACAGUGGUUGGACAAAGUUCUGGUGCAGAUGGGGUCACCAAUUAAUGCCAUUUCCUCUGUGUCUUGAGUGGUGUUGUGGCAGACAUCACACAAUGUAGUCUUCAAGCCACAGUGUUGUUGUGCAUGGUUUGAGGAAGAGUGGCAUAUGGUUUCUUGUUGGGUGCUACAGAUUGGAACACUGUGGAAUGCUUGAGUCUGAUGGAACUUGAGGAUUAAGGUUAAGUUUGUGUACAGAUAUGUAGCUGUUCCACAAGAUGAAGGGAAUGUACUGACUGAUGGAACUGCUUCUAUAAUAAAUACAUCUGCAAUAUGCUGCAGAUUUUAUGCCAAGAAUGUUAAUUGAGCUGAAAUUAGAAACUAUAGAAAAGUCUAUAGAUCCAUUGCAGCCAUUUGGAGGAUACUUUCUCCAUCCAAUCAGAAUGUCACUUUGGUCACAACAAGAGUAACCUUGAUCUCUGCAAUGAAAAUGCAAAGGAAAAUAUUGUAGUGUGAUGUCUGUGUACUGUAUUGUGUUGUCAUUUGCAUCUAGAUAUUUAAUGUGCAAAUCUUUUUCUCAAUUUAUUUGUGCUUGGUGCUGUGUAUGUGUGUGGCUGCUCUUAAUGACCUGGUUUCAGACUGUAAAUGAGUGAAUGUGUGAAUGAGGGAGAACACUUGCUUUCUGAUGACAUAUAAACACUACUUAUAUUGUAGUUAAUUAAAUGGAGCACAGGCCUUAUCAGUAAAAAGUAAUUAUUACAGUGGCUCUGUUCGAGCUCUUAUAUAGCUUGUGUAUAAUUAUAUAAUGCAGUUGUUCCUAAGGUCACAAGAUUCUUUUAUUUCUUGUUAUUUAGCAUUGUCCUGCUACAGGGAUGUGUGUUUGAGAGUUUUUAAUAUUUGCUCUGAUUAUCCGUCUGAUAAUGCAGAUCCCCACAGUUACUUCCAGUUGGUCUCCUCAAAUUUAGAUGAGUUACUUGCUUCAAACUGUGUGAUAGAUUGCUAGUUUUCUGUUUGGAAGUUGUGGUGAUGUGUAGUGUUGGAGGAUGCAGCCAUAAAUACAGUGAAACAUUUAAGAUGUUUUUGGAAAAACAUAACGCACCAGUCUUAUUAAGCAGAGAAAUUUUUUUGCAUAAGUAAUUUUGAAACGAAUUACUGAACUACUAUUGAAAAUAACUGCCAAAUGACUUUGUUUCAUCAAGACUCUUCAAAUUGUGAUAUGAAUUUUAAUUCAUCAUUGUAUGGUGUUAAACGCAUUUCAUUCACAUAAUUAUGUAACAGCAUUUGUGCUUGGUAUUGUUAUCAUGGUGCAUGCAGGGCAUUCAACAAGUGUAGCACCACAUCUUAUCAGUACAGAUACCGUUAGCAUUGAGUUGUGAUUUGACUGCUAGAAAGAGGUUUAGAUACCAACGUGAAUCAUGACAAGAUGGAAUACUUGCAUCCUUUGUACUGUGAUCCCUGGAGUAGACAUGUUCUUAUGUAUAAUGAUUUUGCAUUUGAAAAUAUAAAGGGGUGAGUAAGGAUUUACAAUGUCCAGAUAGAUCUUUGUAUGAAAAAUAUGUUAAAUUAAUGAAUUGUUAGUAGUGUGUGGUGUUUGUUUCAUACUUGUUAGGGCGAGAACCUUUCAUAUCGGAAACUUGUUAAAACAGCCAAAUAUACAUAAAUCAUGUGCAGACACUUUGGUAUAUAAUUCUUCUGUCUUAUAGAGAAAAAUUCGAACCACUAAUGUCUAAAAAUCCUUUUCACUGUAUUUGUGUCUCUCUUAGUUUUUGUUGCAAUUUGUAUUAUUUCUCAUCUAAGAAUGGUCUGUUCACAUUGCUCCAAGGAUAUGGAAGUCUUGAUUGCUGGUUUAUGAGGAGAAAGUACAAACAGAAAAACUACUGAGCCUUUCAUAUAUGUGGAGCAUGGUAGUCAUUCUUUGUUUUCCCUUUUAAAGCAACAUAUAUAUAGUGUUCACAGUUAGAUAAAUUAGUUACAAAGUUAAUUUUAUACAAAUCACUGUUAAAAUUAUAUAAGUGCCUGUGAUUCUUGGCACCAAAUUAAGUGUUCAAUUAACAGCUUUUUAUACUCAUUGAACAGAUGGUUAAAUAUUUUCAGACUCUGAUGUUUUUUGUGCUUUUGUGUUUGCUAGACUGACUGCACAGAAAUAUUUGCGCAUAGAAAUGUCAUGUCCUUUUCAAAGAAUGACAGCAAUUAUGUUUGUGGUGCCUUUCUGUUAAGUAAACAUGGUCCAUUUUGAGUGCUCUUAUCAGUAGUGAUAGUGCGUGCGAGAACAAGAUAUAAUGACAAAAAAUUAAAAGUUUGAAAACAUUUCCAGAAAGGUUGUGUGACUUGUGGGCCAGCAGCCCACUCUUGUUAGAGCUGCAGCUGGCUCUGUUCUGUCUACCAUUCCACUUCCAACAUUCAUUAUCAGUGUCAUCUACGGUUUUUUAAAGAAAGUAAUAAAGUAUGAAUGAUUGUGCACCUUGUCAUGUGAAAUGCA